AAAGCGCGAUGUUCAAAUUCUGAUUUCCGGCUUUUUUUAUUUAGGACUUUUUCGUUCGGCUCUGCUGACAUGGAGCGGACUGAGGAAAGUUUGACAAGCCGGACUCCUCUCCAUAGUGUUGUGGGUCAAAGAAGGAGCAAAAAUAGGAGUUACCAUCAGUCGUACCGCAGCUGUUUGGGAGUUGCUUCAAGGCUCGGCUUGACACCAGCGGUGACCGCAAGGAGACUCAACACCAACAGAAAAGCUUCAAAGCCACAUAAUAUCGCUGAGAAGGUGAAUCCGGAGUACCUGGCUUUGUUGGUGAAAACCGAGUGGCAGCUCUCCUACGUCACUCCCCUCUACCAGUUCAGACACACCCAGCUCAAGAGCUACGCCAGGCAGCUGUCGGCGUUCAUUGUUGCCGAGAGGCAGCAAGGUUUGGCGGUGGAGGUUGGAACGCUGCAGAACAGCUUCAAAGUGUCGUUGUCAGUGGUGGAGGGGAUGUCGGAGGCGGACGAUGACCCCGAGACCGUCCUCAUACAGAUCCAUUCCAAGUCGCUGUUUCCGAGGCARGAUGAGCCACAGAAGUUAGUUUGGAGCGGCUGGUUGACGUGCAUCAACGGCAGUCCCGAGUAUCUGAACUCGCUUCCCAAAGACUUCACCUGUCUGCCACUGUUCUGCUACAAAGGGGCUGAAAAUCUCUCCUCUUUGGUCAAAUCGUGGUUUCAGAGGAUUUUCGACUGCUGCUUCGGUCCUCUGGAGAUCAACCACACCAGCCUGCAGUGGCUUGUGGCGUUGUGGACCAACUGCCACACAGAGGCCACCAUCAAGCACCUGAAAAUGCUCUGGACCGUACCRUCCACGCCACCGCUUCAGGUAACCUACACAGUGGAGGCCCAGGACGCGUGGGAGCUGUGGAGCAGCGUGCGGAGGGCUUCGCGGGGACGAGGCGACGAGGCAGGCUGGAUUGACAUGGGGGAGGUGACAAGCUUCAUGCAGGCGAUCAAGAGCCACUUUUACCGACACUUCAAGCUGGACCUUUCAGCCGGGGCCCUGACCCAGGUCUCUACGGCGCUGGGAUCAGCCAAGUUCAGCGGCAGGAUCAAGAUCUCCAGCAGCAGAUGUGUGAGCACCACCCUGAAUCUGCUGACAGAAUGUGCUCUCCUAAAAAUGCCCAUCUGACUACACCACCAUGGGGACUUUUCCGGAAAGAAGCAUGAUUUUUACAAAAAGAUUAUCUCCAGAAAUUACAAAGCAUACAUUUCUGUUUUGGACUGCAGCUCUACAGACAAAACACAACAGUCAUGUUGUCCUAAGUAGCUUUAGACUUUUUACUCAUGAUUUUUUAAAUCUACUACAAACACUCUACCGUCAGGCGCUUUGCUUUCAAUGUCGUGCAAAUAUGUAUGUGAUCUAGCCAUUUGUAUUUUUAGUUGUAAAUAAAACCAAGGGGGGAAAAAAGGCCUAACAUUACUCAAGCUGUUAAAUAAAGCACCUGCUGCGUAUAGUGCUAACUAAUGUGGAGAAAUAAUGGAGUUGUGGUGAAAUCAUGAAAAUGUUGAGUGCAGUUUCCAAAAACUUGG